AUGUCUCGAACCCAUAAAUUGACCAAGGAGAGUGGCAAGCGCGAGUGUCGCCGGCCACCGGAACAACCGACGACGCAACCAGCGAGCAGGGAGCUCCUCCCGUCCGAUUUGAGGACCGAGGAGCCAGUACUGGCUCCUCUCGACCCCGAAGUCGUGACGUUCUUGCACCUCCUGGAGACGGACCUGCACCGUUUGUCACGACCUUUGCCGGUGCUGACGAAACGACGGGGCUCGAUCAAGUUGUCGCGCGAGCGAGACGUGGGGGCGUUCCAACUGCCCUUUAAAGCACUCGAGAUCAAGACUCUCGAGGAACGGCCGUGGGUGCGGCGGCCCCCGCCUUUUGGGAAGAUCAGUCGCUGUGUCUACGUGUCGACCAAGAUGCCGGUCGCGGACUUUCCCGUGCACAAGUGCACGUGCUAUGAAGAGAUCCACAAGUCCAUGACGAAGCGGACGACGGUGAUGGCAAGUGUUCGGGCGCAGAAGCAAGUUCGUGGGCAACAGCAGACGGACUGUCGAUUGACGCGGCAUGCUGACUUGGAGAAGCGGCAAGAGAUGGAGACGACGGGGUACUGCGGAGAAGGGUGUUACAACCGGAUGCUCUUUGUGAGUUGCUCCGAUGAUACGUGCUCGGCUCCGGACCCGGGGAUGUGCAGCAAUCGGGCGAUUAAGAGGCGAGCCAUCAAGUCGGUACGAAUAGAGUACAUCCCAGGUCCUGGCUUCGGACUCGUUGCCAAUGAGACCAUUCGCUUGGGCGAGUUCAUUAUUGAAUACGUCGGUGAAGUCAUUGAUGACGAGGAGUGUGAACGGAGGAUGAUCAAGUACAGGGACAACGGCGAGGUUAAUUUCUACAUGAUGGAGCUAGAAAAGAACACCGUGAUUGACGCAAAGUACCGAAGCAACGAGUCGCGUUUCAUCAACCAUAGCUGUGACCCAAACAGCGUCACACAAAAGUGGAAUGUAGAUGGCAUGCAACGUAUCGGGAUUUUCGCGCGUCGCAGUAUCGCUGUCGACGAAGAGAUCACAAUCAACUACAACUUUUCACACUUUGGGGAAGCUGCCGAGUGUAAAUGCGGAUCUACAGCCUGCACAGGCACGAUUGGUCUCAAGCGGUCGAAACUUCCCAUGUUCAAUUAUCGUACUGUGGGUACAGCGAAGGCUAAGAAGCAAGAAUACGAGGAGCCACCCGAGCUGAAGCGGCCGGUGCACUUGUCGUCGCUGGCGCUGCUCAAAAGUUCGCAGCUGGAUGACAGCUGGUUGGAAUCGUACGGGUUUAAAAAUCGUCGACUAUUCCUCUGUCACAAGACACACCAGCCUAAGAAGGUAGACAGUGACGACAUCGUGGACGAGAGUGAGGGCCGACAAAGUCUGUCAUCAAGUAGUCCAGCUUCGGUCUGCUCGACGACGACAGAAGAGGACGUAUCGCUGACACCGCCACAGCUGAUUCCAAGCAACGUCAUGGAAGAGAAGCCACCUAAACGCAGCUGGUAUGAUAGAGUUAUAGCAGGACAGCAUCUGCCUGAGAUGAGGGCACUCCAGAGCUUUAUUUGCGGAGGUAAGCGUGACUGGACAGCGGAUCUCACGACACACCGCAGUGCAGAGCUUGCGAUACCUUUGCUGGUAAAAAAGCGGGGCCGAGGGCGUCCACCAAAAAGGCGUGGUCGUCCUAAGAAGGUGGCGCCACUACUCUCGUGUACGACUCGCGUUUCGUUGGAGACAAAGCUCAUCUGCCGACGCUUAAGCCUCCCUCAGGCACGGGCACGUGGAAUGCGUGAGCUCGCAGCUUUUGCAAAAGGCACGUCCAGGUGGAACAAACGUAUUCCGUCAUCCAGUACGAUCGACCCCGACCGCAUCCAUCGUCUCAUUGAUCGUGUAAAAGGCACAGAGAUCUUCAUCAACACCGACCAGAAUGACUUGAACGAAGACGCUUGUUUUCGAUGCGGUCUAGCAGGCGAACUGAUAUGCUGUGAUGGCUGUCCCGCCGCAUUCCACCUCAACUGCACCAAUCUUGCCAUUGUACCUCCUGGUGGAAUACCGUGGUUUUGCUCCGAGUGCACGAAUCCCAAGCAUCCUCAACAAGCUUCGGAGACGUCCAAGACAGAGCUCACUGCUGGAGGUACGACUCGCUGCUCGUCGGAUUCCGCAGGGCGCCACCUACGCACGCACACAGCGCCACAACUUCCAAGUCUCAAGCGGAUUUUCUGGACGUCGGCACCUCUCAUCAAGCGCCGGUACAAGAAGCGACAUAAAGCCUUGGACCGGUCGUAUCGCCAGCUAGAACACUUGCCUCUUCCGGUAUGGAACGAGAGCAACGACAGUGACAACGAACAGCUCGAGCAGUAA